AUGGGCACCCUGGCAUCAUUAAAUGCAUCUACAACACAUUCUCUGGCUGGGUCAAGACCCACCACUCCCCAUAGCACAGUGUUAACUGCUCCAGUUAUGUACUGAAACUUCACAUUUGAAUUCAUUUUAAUUGGUAUAUUUUUAUCAUUCAAGAUAUAAUGGACGUUCUCUCAUGAGGUGUGUAUUUUUAUGAACGUAUGUCAUAAAGUACUCUGAUGAAUAUUGGGUAAUUCAUUAUUUGACGCUGCAAGUUAGAUGGUUCAAAUGUAAUUUUUUUAAAAUUCUACAUUGAUUCUUAACAAGCAUGAUGAGAUUGUGAGCUAGAAAAAUUGAUGUGGCAACGUAUGGAUGAUAAUCUAUAUUACUUCCAUUCAUUGUGUAAGAACAUUUCAUAUUAUGUGAAGGAGAAACUAGCAGAACUGCGUGAAUCUCAUGUGACAUUUUCAUCAAGCUCUUCUGGGCUCUUCAGGUGAAACACUAUUGACUGUUUUUCAAUGCUGAUUAUAAGAGAUAUUUGUAAUGAUUUUUGAAUUUUUAUUUAUUUCUCUGAUUUAAAAAUAAGUAUGUUGGACCCUAACAGUAUUUACUCAGUCCGUCCAUUCAAGUAAUGUGCAUUUUACUAUGUGAUUUUAAAGAGUUCUUCCUUUUUAUGACUAUAAGUCAUGAUUUUAAUUUUUAAGGUUAUGUUUUGGUACUAGCAUUUUAUCAAAUAAUUUAUGUGUUAAACAGUUCCAUUUUGGCAGUUACUUCAUUAUAGCUAUAAAGGCACAAUACCAUUUGUUAAUAGUAAUUGAUGUAAAUAUACUGAUAUCUAUUUUCUUUAAAAUAUUAGUCAUUGUUGGUAAUCUAUUUUCUUUACUUUCUUGUGAAAAUAUUUUCUAAGGCAUUUCAAUGCAAAGAUUGUAAAUGAAUUAUAGAUUAAAGAUAAGAAAAAAUACCUUAAUUCCUCAAAUUGUAGGGAUUGGACUUAGGAAUUUUUGCAGAUGUAGUAAGAUUUUGAAUUUUGGAUAUUUAAUCUUCAUAAUAAUGGAAAUUUUGUGACAUAGAAAUAUUGUAUUAAAGUAUUAACUUUAGCAAGCUGUUAUGCAGUUUUGAUAACUUAAAUUCAUGAGGGGCGGUGUUUGAGUUAGACAAGGGAAGCCAAACUUUCCCUAUAAAAUUUCCCCUGCCAUAUUUUUACAGAAAACGUUCGUACUGUCAUUCUUCUUUUUUUGUCCUGCAAGAUAUUUAUAUGAAGAAAUAGUUUCAUGUGCUAGAUGUGACACCGCCUUCAGAACUUAGUUCCUAAUAUUAUCUCGUCCAGAAGCGUCAUCCUCAUAUGUAGGACGUUCAUUAAGUUAUCUGCCUGAGCAUGAAUAUGAAAUUUUAUAUUGGAAAUCACUCAUUGACUUCAACACACUUGGUCUAUUUUGCUCUCAGUGAUCAAAUACCUUCAGAAAAGAAGGAAGCAUUUUGACUGUGCAGAUACCCCAUUACAGCUUCCUUAAUUGAUUCAUUGUCAGGAAAUCGUCACACACUCAUAAUUUUUUCAUGUUUCGAAACAGAAAGUAAUUUCUAGGAUCCAGAUCUUGGCUAUAAGGAGGAUGAUUAAGUUGUUUGAAGCCACAGUGUGUCAAAUCUCUGAAUUUCUCACAAUGUUCGAAAUCUCUCUUUUUCUCUGUCAAUCCACAUGACACUGCAUUUGCCAUCUUCUCACGUCAAGAGCUUAUGGCAGUCUGAUUUGUAACCGAGGCCAAACCAUACCGAGACAUGUCUUAAUGUGCCUGUGCACGCUCAGCUCUUCAACAAUGCCAUAAGAUACUGAGGUAAUAACUUAUUGAACGUUCCUCAUAUAUAUUGUAAAUUACUAGAAUGACUUACUAAAUAAGUAUUUGGUGACCUUCCUAGAAUGUGUGUGUCUACCCUUCAAGUUGUAUUUCAGAAGUGAUUGGAUUUCUUCCUUCACAGCCUUUGUCUUUGGGACCACACAGUAAUAUUAAAUUUCAGAGAAUCAACUUGAUGCGCCUGUUUCUGGUGCCAUCUCUGAAAAUUUUUCAUUUCUGUUAAUUUGAAAAUACUUCUGGUCUGUUUUGUUCUUUACAGCAAUUGUUGGAAUAUUUCAUUAAUAGGGAAGAUUUAAAUUAUUCAUAUGCUUGAUGCAAUUUGUAAGAGACAUUACAUAUUUAAAUAUUCCCUUUUGAUUACUUGCAUCUGUAGGGGGAAGGGUGCAUAUUGCCCACGCCAAAGUAUUUUUGUAAUUUUACUCAAUUUAUUCACUCCAUUACUUCACUUUUAUUACUCCUUAAACGCCUUUAGGAGUAUUUGCAUUAUGAUUUUUUAAAAUUACCCUCUCGCUUUCCCAAAUAAUACUUUUUAGAUUUACUCUUUGUUUUGAUCACUUGUUUGUAAAUGCAUUUGAGUUGUAUUGGAUUUUGUAAGGGAAGAUUUGGGGAAUACCUUGGAACACUAUUUUCUCUACAAUCUUUUUCAAUUUGAGUAAUUUCAGUGAGAAUCCGUCGCAACAAAAUAUGGAAUUAUUUAAUUUGUUUUUUGAAGAUGUAUUUUUAAAAGUUUUCUUCAUCUAUAAUUACGAGAAAAAUUGGAAGCUGGAUCAUUAAUUUUUAAAUAAAAAUGUCUGCAAUUAGCCAAAUGUUUCAUAUCAAUUGUUAGGGUUACAUACCUAUUUAAAUAAUGUAAAUUCAGCAUUGCACUUUAUAAACCGUCUUCUUAAAUUAGCUCGUAAUGGCCGAAAAUGUGUGUGUGUUAUAUUGAUAUUUUAUAAUGUGCUUAGAGGAAAACGUUUUGAAUUGUAUGUAUGUACAAAUCGUGCGCAUUAUGUGUUAAUUCCUCUUUGGAGAAAAUUCUUGGAAACAGAACAUUGUUUUUUAAUACUUGCAUGUGAAAGACUUCAUAGAAAUGGAUUUAUUUUGUUUCUCCUUUAUCGUCCGUCCAUUUUCUGAUCAUAUUGAAAGUUAUUAAUUUAAAAUGUACAGAAUAUGUAUCAAGUGUUAAUAUAUUUUAUAUACUUUUUAAGAAUACAAAAUAAAAUUUCAUAAUUCUAUU